AUCUAUCACGGACACAUCGGAGGAGAGAGAAAGAGAGACACUCGCGCACUCACACUCUCACGCAAACCCACCCACACACACACACACAAACACACACCCCUUAUGUUAGAAAACCCUAACCAAACCCGGCUUCUCCUUUCCUCUCUCAUUUCCCUUCAAAUCCCUCCCUAAAUCUUUUCUCUCCCAAGUCCCUAGAAAAUUAAACCCCCCCCCAAAAAAAAAAAAAAAAUUUCAAAUGCCUCCGACGCCCCCGAAUCUACGGCGAAUCGACCCGAAAAUAUGGCGGGCUUGUGCCGGGUCGUCCGUACAGAUUCCGGCGGUGGAUUCUCGUGUUUAUUACUUCCCUCAAGGUCAUCUGGAGCAAUCGUCGUCUUCGCUUCCUCCGCUUCUGUCUCCCCUGGUGCUUUCCAAGCCUCUCAUUCUGUGCCGUAUCGCCGCCGUACAGUUUCUCGCCGAUCCUCAUACCGAUGAGGUGUUUGCAAAGCUUGUGCUCCAUCCUAUUAACCCUCAGCUCUCUGCCUUGUUUCGUUCGUCUGGGCACGGGCGGUUACAGACGCAGGACGGUGAAGGUGGAGGAGGAGCAGGAGGAGAUGAAGACGAUGAUGAUGAAGAGGAAGGAGAAGAACAGGGACAGGAGGAGGAUAAGGUCGUCUCGUUCGCGAAGAUCCUUACACCUUCCGAUGCCAACAAUGGCGGCGGGUUCUCUGUUCCGAGGUUCUGCGCCGACUCGAUCUUCCCGCCGCUGAACUAUCAGGCCGAGCCUCCGGUACAGACCUUGUCCGUCACCGAUGUCCACGGCGUCGUCUGGGAUUUCCGGCACAUCUAUCGCGGCACGCCGAGGCGGCAUUUGCUGACGACCGGCUGGAGCAAGUUCGUCAACUAUAAGAAGCUGGUGGCCGGGGAUUCGGUGGUUUUUAUGAGGAACUUGAGGAGGGAGAUGUUCGUCGGGGUCCGCCGAGCCGUGAGGUCGUCGAGUUCCAACGGCGAUUGCUCCAGGUGGAGCUCGCAGUUCGGGGGGACGAUGAGAGUGAAAGCGGAGGAGGAAAGCUGUAACAGGGAUGGUGGUAUGUCGAGGAGCGGAAGAGGGAGGCUGUCCGUGGAGGCAGUCGCGGAGGCGGCUGAGCUGGCGGCGCAGGGUCUGCCAUUCGAGGUUGUGUACUACCCGAGGGUCGGUUGGUCGGACUUCGUGGUGAAGGCGGAGCUGGUGGAGGAAGCCUUGAAAGUGUUUUGGAGUGCUGGAAUGAGGGUGAAGAUGGCCAUGGAGACUGAGGAUUCGUCCAGGAUGACUUGGUUUCAGGGAACGGUUUCUACUGCCUCUCCACCUGAUAACGGACCUUGGCGGGGCUCUCCCUGGCGAAUGCUUCAGGUUACGUGGGAUGAGCCUGAAGUUCUACAAAAUGCCAAGAGGGUGAGCCCUUGGCAAGUUGAAUUUGUUGCUUCCACACCACCACUUCAGACGUGUGGAUUCCCCCCGGCAAAGAGAUUCAGAGCUCCUCUGAAUUCUGGGCUGCUAACUGAUGGAGAGGGAGAAGUCUUCUUUCCUAUGACAGGAGCAGCUAACUCAACAAUUGAGCAAUUGAAUGCAUCAUUGUUGAGUUACAACACUUUUCCUGCUGGCAUGCAGGGAGCCAGGCAAGAAUUAUUUUCUGUAUCCAGUUUAUCCAACUUACUUAGUGAAACCACACGAAUGUCUGCUUAUAAUUCCUUUGGCAACAAUGUGGUACCUAAGUUGAAGACAGUCUCUACUGAGUUGAACAUUGGCAGUUCACAAUCGGAUAACUUGUCACCAGAUAGCCAGAGUAGCAUCCGCUCAUUUGGCACUGAAUUUGUUGGAAAUCAAUACUGCAACCCAACAAAAGUUGGCAAAAAUACCUUUCAAUUGUUUGGUCAGAUCAUUAAUGUGCCACUGCCUGCUGAAAAUGGUUUUGAUGAUGUUGGUUGCACUGAGGGCAAUGGAAUUAAAGGUUACAAUGAUACUGAUGGUGUGAAUGACUCACCAAAGCUUUCUUACACCAAGCUGCUUGAAAGGAUUGAUGUCCAGUGUUCAAGAGCCCCAGCCAUUGAAGCUUGUUACUUGUGAAUCAGUGCUUGCAUCUAUUUCAUGCAGAUAAGUAGCUGUACAGGUAUGCUUGUCUUUGACCAAAUAAUGGAACCAUAUGAGGAAGUUAGUAGAUGUCAGUUUGCUGACAUAUUUUUCACAGUUAGAUGUCCUUGCUGGUUUGACUAACACAAUUUGGCCUGCGCAUACCUUUUGACCAAAUAUGGCAUGCCUCUGUUUGGCUAUUACGAUUGACCUCUUGUUACAAUAAUUGGCUUUUCAUCCAUGAGUUAUGUUUUACCAUAGUAUGUCAGCUUUUUCACUUGGGUUAAUUUUGUUUGGACAGUAUUUGCAUUUUUACUAUGUAAAUAAUGCUCAACGUUUCCCCCCUUAUUCUUUUGUCACAUUGAUCUGGAAUUAGAACGUGCAUCAUUUUGAUCAAUUUCAGUAUUCAGCUAUAACAAUUCAAAGUUUGUUACCUUUCAUUAAAAGAUUGUUGAAGCUUAUCAUAUCUUGUUAAAUUGCAUGCAUUUAAUCUGACAAUGAUCUGUUGUCGUAGCAAUCUGCAUAUCUUUUUGCAAGAUAAAGCAAGUGGCGGGCUUUUACCAGUUACAUUCAUUUUUAUUAUAUUCAAUAUGAACCCUGAUGCGGGAAAUUAAUGCAGAUCUUUACUCUAUGACCCACAGAAAUACGGGGAGGGGGAAGGCAACAAUGUAUGAAGGGUCACUUUGCUUUUAUGUGAUGCCCUUAUAAGUUUUAGUUGCCAACUUUAGUAUACUGAUGAGUCUGUAAAGCGUAAUGGUACUGUCUGCUUAAUCUUUGAUUUUUCUUUGGUCUGUUGGCCUUACUGAACUUUAUACUAACAUAUGAAAAGACAUGAUCAAUAUUAAAACCCGACUAACUUGAACUGAUCUCAGAUCUUGUUUGCUACUCCAUGAACCUCAGUAUUUCUAAUGGAUAAAUAAAAUAAAUUUCCAAUUGGUGAAAAUGUUAUCAUAUAAAUAUUCUAUUGAAUGCUGAAAGACUUCACUCUAUUUUUUGUUGGCCUUGCUGUUUUUAUUCUUUUCAUUAUUAAUUUUAUUUUAUUUUUUUCCUUUUCUUUUCAGUACUGCCUUGUGUUUCAGCCUUUAUUUUCUGCGUGUUGGCUGUAAUUGAAGAAUCCAAUGCGAACUUUUACCAUCUUUUGGUGGUGUUUGUUUUUGCCACUAGAUUUAUUUAUUAAGCUCACUACUCUCUUUUCAGCAGGUACUUAAAGGAAGGCAGGUAGCUAGCUGACUACUAUAUUCUGACUAUUGCAGUAGCUAAGUGUGUAUUCUGGUUUUUCAAAGUCUGUGUUUGAACUUGAAACUAUUGUAGACUCAGUCUCUUUUUAAAUAUUUCACAUCGUGUCUUGGGGAUGUUGUUAAUAUGAUAAGUCACAUUAUGUUUCAGAUAGACGUUAUAUUUUGACUUAAUGAGUUUAAUCUGCUUGCUAUA